UCCCACAGCUCUUGGGUGGGGUCCCUGGUACUCGCUCCAGCCCUGAAUGCAGAUAGGGAUCUGCAGGAAGCAGGAGCCGGAAGCCAACCUUACGGCUUGCAACUUAUGCCUAUCAGGGUGGGCGGAGUCAGUGUCCCGACCGAGGAUGGAGCACCCUGUGAAAAGUGAAAGAAGCCUGGGAGGCUACAGUCCAGGGUCGCAAAGAGCCGGACACGACUGAAGCACCUCAGUACGCAGCCACCCUCUUGAAUCCUGGAGGAACUGAGUAACGCGGGACCACGCCCCCUCACACGGGCAGCCAAUCAGGACCUGCUCUGAUUUCUCCAUUGUGAAGUACUGGCCCUUGAUGGUCUGGGGUCUGAGUCUUGGGAUUCUGGAUACAACAAGGGGAGGUGUAGUGGGUUUGGCUCUGUUUUGAAGAUACUCGGAGCCUUUUAGGGUAGAAAAAUCAUGACCCCGAUACCCGCCGACGCCGGCGCGCCGCCCCCCGCCGCCGGCGCGCCGCCCCCCGCCCCAGGCGCGCCGCCCCCGGCCCCAGGCGCGCCACCCGGGGCCCCAGGCGCGCCACCCGGGGCCCCAGACGCGCCUCCCGGGGCUCCAGGUGCCGCAGCACCAGAGAUUAAACAGACGAAAGAAGAAUUGUUAUUUUAUGCCCCGGAGUACACGUGUUUGACCGUCAUGGCCAUAAUUUUAUUCCCUCCCCUGGGAAUACCAGCACUCGUAUUCAGCGGAAAGACCAAAGAGGCCAACAAGAAAAGCCAAUGGGAAGAAGCUUAUAUCAACUCGGGCCGAACUGGUUGGCUGGAUGUAUUCGCCAUACUCAUCGGUUUAGGCAUCAUUUAUUUCUUAGUACUAUUUGUCUGAAGUCCAGGCCCAAUAGCCAACUGGUUCACCCACCCCAACAGGACCAGCUGACCAAAACACUGACCAGCCAAAUCAGCCACCAUGCAAGAAACCAACAGCUGGAUAUUCCCUAGCCAGAAAACCUACCAGCCAAGGAGCUCAACAUCCAAGCAACCCACUAGCCCAGGAAAACUUUACUUUAUGCUCUUGGCCUCCAGCUCUGUCGUUAUCCAUCUUGGGGAUCUUCACUUUGAUGCUCUAGAUGCCUUAAGCUCCUUGAUACUGGGCUGC